UUCAGCCUUCCUUUAGUCUCCAAGAAAUUUACUCUGGAUCUCAGAUUAAGCCAAGCCCUUGACUUGUUUGCCAGCUUCAGUGGGUCUACGGGCAGCCAUGGAUGUGGGUCUCUUGGACCUACCAGGUGGAUCUCAGGUUCCCAGAAAGACUCUUUGGGGCAGUCGGGGCAGGGGCCCAGCCAUGCGUCGGCAGCGAGAGUUCAUGCCGGAGGAGAAGAAGGACACGGUUUACUGGGAGAAGCGGAGGAAGAACAACGAGGCGGCCAAGAGGUCCCGGGAGAAACGCCGCCUCAAUGACGUGGCCAUCGAGGGCAGGCUGGCUGCGCUGCUGGAGGAAAAUGCGCUGCUCAGGGCUGAGCUGCGGGCCCUCAAGCUGCGCUUUGGCCUCCUGCCAUCUUUCAGGGGCCCCCAGGCCUUGCCUCUGCAGGCUCUGCUCUGGGAGCCGCCCUGGUCCCGAGAGCCCUGCUCUGAACCACUCCUGUCUCUGCCUGGCUCCCGCGGCUGCCUCUUAACACCGUGUUCUCUGGAGUCUGGGAUCCCGUGCUGCCAGGGCUGCCUGGUGGCUCACGGAUGGACGGGCCUUGCUGCUUGUCCCAGAUUCUCCCAGGAGCCCGCUGCCCCUGUCCCCAAGGGAACGGACAUGCACCUGCAGGCGGCCCUCCCUGCUGCCCUCUUCCGCUGUCACCUCUUGGAUGGGCCUGUGGGGCCCAGGCCAGAGCUGAAGCCUCGGUGGGGGCUGUGGUCACCUGUGCACUCUGGGUGCCAGGCCUCGGGGCCCUUAGACGUGCUGCUGACGCCCUCUGCAGAUGCCACAGGGAUUUCUCCUGGGGUGACCUGCCCUAUGCCGGGGAACCUUCCCGAGGGGGUGGCUCAGCCUUCCCUUCCCCACAAACUUCGCAUCAAAUCCCAGGCUCUGGGCAGGGUGUGUUGAGGCUGGGAGGGCAGCCAGGGCUCCCUCCGAGGCUUCCCCUGGCAGGGUGGUUGGGACUGAACAUGGGUUUGUCUGACAGGGGAGUGGCUUGGCCUUGACCAGCUUCCAGAGCCGGGCAAGUCUUGUAGGAAAUAGGCUGUGCUGGCUGUCAGGGUGCACUUGCCAGUGUCCAGAACAGGUUUCUAGGCAGAGGAGGUAAGGUUCCAUGUUUGUUUCAAUCAUAGCCUUUGCCUUGCCUUAAAAUCUAUGCUUUGGAUUGUUCUUUUCUCCAUCUGUCCGUCCAUCCAUCCAUCCACCCACCCAUUCAUUCACUUAUCCCUCAUCUUUCCAUCCGUCCAUCUAUUACCCAUCCAUUCAUCAUCCUUUUAUUCAUAUAUUCAUUUAAUCACUCAUUCAUGUGCUCACUCGUUCAUCAUUAACUUACUCACUCAUUUAGCUACAGUUCAUUUGUGUCCUCAUCCACCCACUCAUGGUCUUGAGAUCCUCCCUUGGCUCUCAGCUUAGUGACAAGUGUGAGGACACCUUCCUGGCCUCUGAGUCCUCUCUGGGGUUGGGCACAGAAGGUCUGAGGAGAGACCUACCGAGGGCCACACCAACAGCAGAAAUCGUGUCUCAGGGUGUUUGAGUCCUCACUUCUUGCGGUCCUCUUGAGGACUUGCUUACCACUCAGUUUGAGGAACCAAUGUGUGACCCCCACCCCCACCCCGAUGGCUUCCUCUUUGUCUUGGUUCAGGGACCUGAGCUGUUGGGACAGAUCAGCCACAACUGUGUGUGUGGGGUCAGGGUCCUCUCCCUCCCCAUCUGCUCCCUGACCUUUAGGACUAGGCAUACAUACCCAGCUGGGCAGGAGAAAGAGUCACUUGGCAGGGAGGGUCUCCAGAGCUCCUCCCCCCAUCUCCCUGGCCAGCUGGGUCAUCAGGGGGCAUCAGAACAGCCCCCCAAGUUUGGGGGAUGGGCUACUUCCCAGCCACGUUGGGUUGAUCAUGGUCACAAAUGUAUAUGGGUGGGGACGUCCAGGGUGUCUCCUCACUGGUACAACUGAGAGCAUUCUAGGCACAGACAUAGCCCUGGCCAGUACCCUUAUUCUGAUUCAGGGCCAAGACUGGGCACAUCUUGGCUCACUACCCCUGUCUUUGGCUGUCCAGUGGGAGCAGAGAGCAAAGUUCUGGCCAGGCCUCCCAUUUUGCUGGUCAUAGUUCGGCAGUCAGCUGGGGGCAUUCAGCCAGCCCAGGGCUCAUCCCAGGCUCCAGUACUUCCCUCAGGCGUGAGUGGGCUGAGGGCGCAGUGCUCUGCUUUCCUCCCUGCCUUUAGGCUUGGUUUGGAGACUCAGAUCUCCUAAGAAUGUCCUGGGGAGGCUAGACAGAAGGUCUGUCUGGCAAGGGUUGUCCCAGCCUGUCCCUCCCCAGCCAACUCCCCCAGCUGGAAAUGGGGUAGCUUGUGGUGGGGGAGGUCCUGCUUGGCAAAGACCAGAGAAAGCUCUACCUGAGACAAAUAAAAGAAUUUCCACACCAGAAGGGGCCCCUUGAGUCUGCUGAGUGGCUAUCCUGCCUCUGCUUGAAUGUCUCUCAGAACAGGGAACACCCUCCAAAGGAAGCCACCAUUUCCUCUCUUGGGCCAAAACCUACUUCUUGCAAAUGUCUACCUCUGGUUUUGUUCCUAACACACACUCAGUCCCCCAUCGCUGUUUCUUCCUUCCUCUUGGAAAUGGCUGGGACAAUGGACGAAGGCCCUAGGUCCCCCUUUCUGAAGUGGACACCACCACAUUUAGCUCAGAUAGUCUGAGAGCACAAACUCUCAUUUAUUCUGUAUACAGCACUUCAUACACAGCUCAGCACACAAUAAGCAUAUGACACAUGUCAACUCCUCUUUCUUCCAUUCCCUUCAUAGAAAGUUCUCGUGUUCCCAGACUCAGAGUAGGACUCUAUCAGUGGAAUGUCCUUUUGUUCUGCAAAAUCCCUUCUCUUCUCUCUGGCCCAGUUCUUAUUUUUUGUCAAUGCUAUUUACAUAUGAUGACUCCUGAAACUGAAUAUGCAUGUCAGAGAUGUUGCAUUUUAGAAAGACCUAACUCCAGUCAUGGGGGCUGUGUGACUACACACACAGAUAUUACUGAAUUGGAACAUGAACUCAGUUUAUUCAUCAAGUAUGUAUUUUCAACAGCUUUUGAGCUCCUACUAUGCAUUAAGCAGGAACUGGGUGAGCAAAGUAGUGAUCCAGGCAGAGGUUCAUGGAAAGAAGUAGCUCACAUGGAUGUCUAGAACAUUCACCCAAGAUGUGUCGAUUAGUCUCCUUUGUGCAGGACCGUGGGACCACAGGCAUGGUCUCUGCUCUCCAAGAGCCACUGGGAAACUGGUAAUUCUCCAUGUCAGGUUUGUCAUUGCCUUGGGGACUGAAAUUUAGGACAUUAUGCAGCCACACGUUACUUCUCCUCGUCCACCCAUCCUUCCAGGAUAGUGGGGUCUUGCUGGAUAUAAACGCAUAAAGUUCCCUUCCUGCUUCCAGUGUAUCUGGUCAUGUAGAAUGUGCAAUAAACAUUGAGUGAGAGUGUCUGGCUGUUCUGGUCGAUGAUUCCCUGACUUGAGGAUGCUGAUGAACCUACAUUUUUUUUGCCU